AUGGACAGCACCUAUGCAAUCCAGCUCUUAUCACCCCUGAGUGAAAGUACAACUGACACGGCCCUCCCCCCUAAAAAAAUUCGAGUUUUAACUUUAAAUUUAUUUCUUCGGCCUCCUUUGAUUAAAAAUAACAAAAGUGACUACAAAGAUGAAAGACUGACUUACUUCAUAAAUGAGAUUCUGGAUAGCUAUGACCUCAUAUGCUUGCAAGAAGUCUUCGGUACUUUAACCAGGAGAAGGAAUCGACUGAUAAAGAGUGCUGUUCAGGCUGGCUUUUACUUUUCCCAGUCCCCUGCUCCCAGUUUUUGGUCUAACCAAAUUACUGACGGAGGAUUACUAGUUCUCAGCAGGUUCCCUAUUAUUGAGCAAGACUUCCAAGGGUUUUAUAAUGGGAUGGGACCAGAUUUAUUUACCUUUAAGGGUGUUAUAUACUGUAAAAUUUCUAUUUCUGGAGAAACUGCUCAUGUUUUUUCUACCCAUACACAAGCAUCUUACCACACAGACGAUGCAAAACUGUUCCAGUAUUAUAGAAAUAUAAGGAGAAACCAAUUGAAAGUCAUGAAAAGCUUUAUAGACGUGAAGACCCAGGACAGCAAAGACUUAGUCUUGGUUCUAGGUGAUAUGAACGUCGAUGGCCGAGAAAAGCUGAAAGACCCAGUCUUCCCCACAGUUGAGUGCCAAGAUGACUAUGAGCAGAUGAUAUCUAUCCUCUUUGGCGAUUCCUUAUGCAACUAUAAAGAUCUGAUCAGAAGCAAAUAUGGAUUUUCCCCUACCACCUUCGGCAAAGUCCUUCCAAAUGGCGAACCUGAAGAAACCGUCCUCUCCCAUAUAGACGAAGCUUCAAAAGACUUGUCACUUGACUACAUUUUCGCAAUGAACUUAGAAUCAAGCGUAAUGGUUACAUAGGCAUUUGACUACAGCGUUAGUGACACUUAUGUGGAGCCGUUUUACGUUUCCAAUAAACACUUUACCCGGGUCAGUGAUCAUUAUGGCAUCCAAACGUGUCUUUAUUUAAAGACCAGUUAG